CCUUUGUGCUGGCGGACCGGGGCACUUGUAUAUAAAAGCUCGGGUCGCUUGAAGUCGCCAGCACAAAACCACGACAGCUUUGAUUUCGUUAAAGUGCAGAUGUCGGCUGUGGGGUUCGACUUUCUCCUUCUGUCACCGAAGAUGUGCAGAGCCUUAGCCGUAGUGCUUGUCGCCAUUCCGAUGUUCACGUUACAAGCCGCCAGCGAGUCGUCCACAGCAGGCUUGUGUAUGCUCAGUGACUGCUACACGAUACGCCAGGGGGCGGCAGACUUCGACACGGCGAGCGGCGUGUGCGGCGCUAAAGGGGGCCACCUGAUGACAGUCCGAUCGACGGUGCAGAGAGACAUCAUUUCAAUCCUAAACGACAACCUGCAGGGUCGCUUCUGGAUUGGACUUGAGCUGCCCGCUGGACGCUGUAGCGACCCCUCAAAAGAACUACAUGGGUACCGGUGGGUAACCGGAGAGGAAACUACGGACUUCACGGAAUGGAGAGCGCAGAACUCGUCAGAAUGUGGUCGGCGGUGUGUCUCCGUCUCCAAAGAUCAGCUAUGGGAAGAAAGUUCAUGUCUGGAGGCGGCUGAUGGGUUUCUCUGUGAGUACAACUUUAAUGAAACCUGCCAGGCCCCUGAGAUGGAGGGAUUCUCGUUUACCUACCACACACCUUUAGGUUUUCAGGCGACCGACACAGCUCACCUGCCACCUGGAACAGUAGCAAUCAUGUCACCAGCUGGAUACAAACUGUACUGUGACAUUAAUGAGUGGAAGCCUGGUCCCUGGGACUGCCAACAUGAAAACGGCGGAUGCAGCCACACGUGUGACAUGGAGGGGGGUAAUGGGAAGUGCAUCUGCCCUGAAGGACUACAGUUAGAGAAGAACCAAGUGACAUGUGAGGCGCCCGAUCCAUGCAGGAGCCACCACUGUGCGCAAGUGUGUGUCCCUCAGAAGGACAGUUACAGCUGCCUGUGCCGAGGGGGCUACGACUUGGACCAGGAUGGCUUGACAUGCGUGGACGUGGAUGAAUGCAAACAGGAGCGAGCCUGCAAAUCCGACCAGCUCUGCGUCAACACGCCGGGGAGCUUUACCUGUGUCUGCCCAUCUGGGUUUGAAAUGGUCGACGGUGAGUGUGAAGACACAGACGAGUGCGAGUCCACCCCGUGUGAACACCACUGCACGAAUACGCAUGGGGGGUUUGAGUGUUCCUGCUUUGAAGGGUUUCGCCUAAAUGAAUAUGAUAAAACGACAUGUUACAGCGUCUGUGAAGAAGAGACGUGUGAAGCGAUGUGUGAUCCGAAUAACAGGGACGUAUGUGAAUGUCCAGAAGGAUACAUACUCCAUAUGGAGGAGGACACUAACGUCUGCAUUGACAUUGAUGAAUGCGACAUGGAAAUGUUUUGUCAGCAGCUGUGUAAGAAUUCAUUUGGAAGUUACACCUGUUACUGUGAAGAUGGAUACAAACUAGAAGCUGACAACUAUACAUGCACAGAAGUACCAGACACAGAAGAUGGCUCCGGAUUAACAAGCAUCACUCCGUUCACCGAAGACUCGGUGACUCCGACUACUAACAUCACCGUCACUGAGGAGUCGGUGAUAUCAGCCGGGGCACUCCUUGGGAUCCUCAUCGGUGUCCUCGUCACCGUCAUCUUGGGGUUCUGCGUUGUGCACCGGGAGUUCAGACAGCGGGCUAAGUGGGACAUGGCGACGGAUUGUAAGAUCGCCGGUUUGGACGGGGACUACGGGCUUCAGCAAGUCACCACCGAGAAAUACGUCAGGAAAUACUCGUUUAUUACAAACGACUUAAAGGCGUAUACGUGACACGCCAGGGGAAUGCGUCUGCGGGCGCCAGCGGGCUCCAGUGUUUUCUUUGAAAACGAUGCCACUUUGAAACGUACGUUUCUGAUGGAGAAUCUGCUCCUAUGUUUCUAGAGAUUUGAUUUAUUUAUAUUUAUAUGCAGGGUCAGUUAAAAGUCCUUGUGUGGUGUUGAAUCUUCUUAACUUCAGUUGUAUGCACGAAAACCAUUGUGAAGCGUGAUUCAUGUAAAUGAUCGUAGUUUGAUCACAAUAUUGUAAGAGCUUAUUAACUAUAACAUAAUGUAUGAAUUAUUACUUGUGUUCAUUAGUCCAGCUCUCUGUGUUAGGCGGUUUUUGAAGGAAAAAUUCCCUGACAGAUGGACUGGAAGAGAGGAACCGAACUCUGACGGGGACACAUAAAGACUGUGCGGUGUAAGUGCGAUCUGCAGAUGAACUGAAAACUACUGUACAGAGCUGGUGAGAUGAGGGGUGAAAAUCAGCUGCACAAACGUAUUGGUAGAACUUUGGAAUGACAUCACUAGCUGCUUGAUGAAGGUGGACGUGCAUGUUGAUAAUGAACGAUCUCAACAGAACAUCUGCGGGCAGUGGCGUAGCUGCAGUUUUCGUCGCCCGGUGUGGUCUUUGAGUUUGCCAGCCACCUGCACACACACUUUCAAAAUAAAAAAAAAAUAUAUGUACAUAAU